UAGAGAUGUAUACCAUCUCUGGUUAGGUGUGGACCUCGCGGUUUGUUAUGGCUAGUCAACUAACAAAUAAAUAUGAUGUAGAUAUUUUUCACAAUCCUUUUAAUACGUAUGUUUAACGAGUGACCAUUUCGUUCAUUAUAAGCGUGUGUUUAUGCAUGUACGUAACGCGCAGGUGGGCGUAUUUCACGGCAACGUAACGCGAAAAUGAUAUUCUCAUAACGAGGAAUGUAGCGAUACGGCUCGGGAACACUUGCCAGGCAGUGAACGCUUUAAACGUAUGUCAAAUAAAAUGUUAAGGUUCCUAUCGCGACGUAGGGCGCGUAGUGUUAGCGGGCAAACCGCGUCGUCCCAGAUCAAAAACCAACGAUUGCUGAGCAACAAGAAUGUUGUUCAGUGCAGAGUCGUUUUACUCGACGGAACGGAUCUGCCCAUAGAGUUGUCAAAAAAGGCAUUGGCUAGUGACUUAUACGAACAAGUAUUUUAUAGUUUAGAUUUAAUAGAGAAAGACUAUUUUGGAUUACAAUAUACAGACAGUAAUAAUGUUCAACAUUGGUUGGAUCCAACGAAACCAAUAAAGAAACAAGUAAAAAUCGGGCCACCAUAUACUUUACGACUGAAAGUAAAGUUUUAUUCAUCCGAGCCUAAUACAUUACGCGAAGAAUUAACACGGUAUCAGUUUUUCUUGCAAUUGAAGCAAGAUGUUUUGGAAGGAAAACUUCACUGCCCUCAUCAAGUCGCAGUUCAGUUAGCUGCAUUAGCUCUUCAAUCUGAACUGGGUGACUAUGAUCAUGCCAUACAUACUGCGGCAACAGUGUCAGAAUUUCGAUUUGUACCAAGUCAAACGGAACAAAUGGAACUUGAAAUACUCGAGGAAUAUACAAAGUGUUCUGGUCUUAGUCCGGCACAAGCUGAAUCAGCUUAUCUUAGUAAAGCGAAAUGGUUGGAUAUGUAUGGCGUAGACAUGCAUACUGUUCUUGGGAAAGAUGCUUGUGAAUAUUCUUUAGGUUUAACUCCAACUGGAAUCUUAGUCUUCGAAGGCACGCAAAAGAUAGGCUUAUUCUUCUGGCCUAAGAUCGGGCGUUUAGAUUUUAAGAAAAAGAAGUUAACGUUAGUUGUAGUGGAGGAAGAUGACGAAGGAAGAGGAGAGCAAGAACACACAUUUGUAUUUAGAUUGGUUAAUGAGAAGGCUUGCAAACAUCUAUGGAAAUGCGCGGUAGAGCAUCAUGCCUUCUUUCGACUACGAGCUCCCGUUAAAGGUGCCAGUGGAAGACAAAACUUUUUCCGCAUGGGUUCGCGAUUUCGUUAUAGUGGUAAAACUGAAUUCCAAACGACUCAACUCAACCGUGCGCGUAGGACUGUACAAUUUGAGCGACGUCCGAGUCAAAGAUAUGCACGCCGACAAAGUCACGUUUUAAGAGAACGACAACGUCAACAAGUAGAACAACCUCAACCAUCACCACCUACCACUGAGGAACAGUCUUUGCAACGUCAAUCGAGCCAAUGUAGUACAAAGUCUUCAGAUUCGAGUAUACACGGUACAUCUUCACCUUUGGUAGAUUGCUUAUUGAAAUCGCUUGCCAAAGAUCAGCAACCUCUGGAGCCUAGAAAUCAAACAACAGGUGCCAGCAGUGAAAAAGAGUUGGAACCAGUGAAAACAAGUUUGACCAUUGAGAACAUGACUAAUCAAGUGCAAUUAGUGCCAAAUAACCAAGUUGGCGGUACCUCUUCGCUGCCUCCUCGUACACCCAUUCCGUUGGAAUCGUUGAAAUGUAAUAUAUUAAAAGCAAAAUCUCUCGAGCAGGGCAAAAAUUCAAAUUUAGUUUCGAUCACUUCUACGGACGCAUCCGCAGUUGUCACUAAGAACAAUCAGCAUUCCGAUGCAGCAACGAUUGUGUCUGUGGGUGGAGACAAACUGACACUUUCUGUUAGUGGAGCAACGACAACGAAUCCAUCCAUGGAUGAUACUGUAACUGUAACGCACUUUUCUUUAGACAGUUGGGGACAAAUUGAACAGAAAACUACUCAAUUGAAUCCUAAAAUUUCAAAUCAAUCUCAGAAUCCAUUUAAUCCAUUUACAAGUGACAACAACAACGAAGUUACUAACAUUUCUGAGAAUGUAGAAGAGGAUACAAAAACAGAGGAGGAAAAGAAAACGAAUACGAAUCCGUUCAUAGAUUCGAAUCCAUUUUUGGGUCUGCUUAAUCCCUUUAAAGAACUGCAACCUGCUGUCGAAAAGAAAGUCGAAGCUGAAGCAGAGAAAAACGGGGCAAGAGUUGUGAAAACCGAGGAAAUACAAACAACUACUACAACUCUUACUCACAAGGAUGACAAUUCGGCAGUUUCUGACAUCAGUCCUUGGCUCGUAGCUGAUCCAUUACAAACCACUACAACGGAUCAAACUCCGAUCAAGCAUACUAUUAUUACAAGGAAGACAGUAAUUACAACGCAACUCUGAAGUAUUAUUUAUUUGAUGGAACACAUGGAAAGUACUGAAUAAUCAAAAUAUUUAUUAAAUCCCGUCUUCCUUGGACUGCAUAAUAAUUUACUUAAAGUGCCUACAAGAAUACGACGAUACUGCCUAGUGAAAGAAGUAAUACAGUAUAAUCAAAAUUAAUUCAAAAUUGAAAUGAGACCUAUCAGACUCUUAGAUAA